AUGAGCCCACAGGAGAUUUCCUCUGCAAAAAGUUCCAUUACCAAGUUUUUCAUUGACAAAUUUGAUGGGGACAAGUUCGCGACGUGGAGCCGCUACAUGUGUGGCGCGUCCCAGACCAAGUCGACGUGGCAUGUGGCCAACCGAGAGACGACGCCAAACUUCUCGAAUACUCGCGACAGUGACGAUUAUAUCAAGACGAAAAACGUUCGCUCGGACUGA